UGUCUGAGUAUGUUUAACUACUUUCGGUCCUGGAAAGAACACUCACUAUAAAUGAUGCUGGUUUAACACAAGAUGAAGCAGAGUUCAAACAAGCUUGUCCACAGAACCACAGGACAGCAACAGAGACCGAUGGUACAGUUGGAGGUGGUGGGGGUCUCGCAUCCCAUUCCUAUCUUCACAACACACCACUAGAUUUCAAGUUGAAUGAGUCAGAAUUUGUAGAGUUUGCUGAUAUAGAUAAUCACGAUGAUUUCUUCACGAUUGAUGAUGGUAGAAUCCACGUACAAGAUCAGAGGGGUUACUACAUCAUGUAUGAUACUGCUGUCAAAGAUCUAGAGGAACUAGAGAAAGGUCUCAUGUUACUCGCCACUCAUUAUAUAGAGAAGGAUCGUAACCUACGUGGAAUAUCUCGUGUAAACAAGAAGACAGAGUCCGCUAGACGUAGACAGCAAUCUACAGCAGGACCAGGAGAUUUUGAUAUGCCUACAUACGCUCAUAUGGAAAUUGACAGGUUUGGUGUGAUGAUGGACUUAUGGACUAAUGAAACAGCAUUUAUGGAAUGUAAAAGGGAGUUAAUUGACUGUUAUAUGGAAGCAUACCACAAUGUGUUUGAUAGAGAUGAGAAGAGAGCCUUAGCCCAGGUGAUAAUGAACUUAAUGUAUCAGAGACCAAGAUAUGACCUGUCUGCCGAAUAUUUUAUCAAGAUUUAUCGUGCGGAGAGUGUUAUUAUGAGACAACAUAUCAAUCUUAUCAAGUCUAUUCUUGAUAAACAGAUAGAAGAUGAGAGGGAAUAUAACCAGAAAGUUUGUAGAGAUGGUGACAAACAUGGACUGCCAUACCGUAUUAUACCAAAACAACCUAUAGCUGUCAAUCAUAGCAAGUCAGCGUUACGUAAUGUGUUCAUAUUAGAGUUUCAUCCUACACUAGCCAUAGCCAGCAAAGUUCCUCAAGCUGUCAAGUUUGCUCUUCAGGAAUUGGUACAUAUACACAAGCCAGAGACUAUCCUUGACUCCUUGAUUAUGGAGAAGAAGUUGUACGAAGUGGCUCUCAGGGAGUGGCAGAGUAUGGAGCCAAUUGGCACCUCAUUUUCUCCACAAAUGCAGAAAGAUCUGUUUUCCGGUGUGUUUGCGGAGGACCCAUUGUUUAUAUGUGAGAUAGCCGAGAGGUUUGCCAUGGAGGAGGACGGGGACCAGCAAGCCAGGGGGCAGAAGAAACAGAAAAAUAAACUUAUGAUGAAUAAAGUGGGAAGAGUUAUGGAGGCAGUACAUGUUAGACACAGGUUGAUUGAUGUUGCCUGGGAAACUGAAAUAUUAGCCAAGAUAUACAGACUACAGGCACAUGAUAUGGGUUUUGAUGAGUUUCACAUGUACAUGAGGUUUGUACAGAUGGAAUUUGCAGGAUUCAAGGAGGACGCGGGGAAACCUCCGCCCACUUUUAUAACCUCAGUUCUAGAGGAUGAGUCACUUGUUGAUAGAUAUACACCAGGAUUUUUGUACCUGGCUAUACACGAGCUAGACGAGGCUCAUGUAGGGAGGUUCAGUUUCAGAAGCAGGGACGGGAUUUUGGAGUUAAUGAAGACAGGUGGAUUAGAGUCCCUCCAGGUUGUAUUAAAGACCCAGGUUGUUCAUAAAAAUGCCCUCACAUGUGCUGUACAACAGGCUCAUGCCUGUCAACCCGUUAAAGAGCAAGAAUAUAGUAAAAG